CCUGUUGAGCAGGACGUAGAUCUUGAAACCAUUACUGUAGAGGAGAGAGAAUGCUUGCGGAAGAUGGGACUGAAGCUAACUAGUUGCUUAGUGCUUGGUAGGCGUGGGAUCUUUGAUGGUGUCAUUGAAGGAGUACAUCAACAUUGGAAGCACAGAGAAGUUGUCAAGGUUAUUACAAUGCAGAGAGCGUUCGUACGAGUUAUCUAUACUGCAAAAUUGCUUAUAGCAGAGAGUGGGGGAAUUCUGGUUUCAGUGGAGAAGCUAAAAGAAGGUCACGCCAUAAUCAUCUACCGAGGGAAAAAUUAUCGACGCCCUUCAAAGCUAAUGACUGACAAUCUUUUAACUAAGAGAGAAGCAUUACAAAUGUCUUUUGAAUUGCAGAGAAUCGGAUCCUUGAAGUUUUUUGCAUAUCAACGACAACAGGCAAUCUUAGAUUUGAAACUCAAACUGGCCGAACUGAAGGAAAGAAGAGCUGGUAAUCCGCAAGGGUGACAAGCCACCAACGUAUGUUCUAUGGAUCGUGAUAUCCCCUGUAAGUUUCCUCUUUAAACUAUCAUCAUAUUAUUUGACAGUGGCUCAUGGUAUCUUGCGAACUGAAAUUUGUGAAAUCAUGUAACUUUCUAUUGCUAGGGUUUUGAUUCAAGUUUUUCAUGCAUACAGGCAAAUAUAAAGACAGACUUUAUAGAUGAGGUGAUUGCAAGUGCUUAAAGAAUGAACAUUCCUGUGCAUCAAUUUUGGAACUGUAUGGU